CACUAAAGAGUGUGCCAAGAUUCACGCUGCGGGAUCAGAUCUCUGUUGGUGGUUGGACUUCAGUGACGGUGGCAGCAGGUCUCAUGGACCGGGGACAGCCAGAGUCCAGGAGCAGCGUGUACUUUGGACGGGAGAAGGCUUGUGAGGUGCUGUCGAGGCCCAGCUGCUGCAGGAUCGCCCUGACCUGCAGCAGCGCCAGACGAUCGCUGUGGAGGGGGGAGGAGGCGGUGUCAGAGGUCAGCCAACAGCAGGAGAGUCACCGGAUACCUCACAGCUGUUCCCACAGGCUGAGGAACUUGGUCUCGAAGAUGCCCCUGGUCUUCAGCGUCUCAGAGAUUUGUCCCCGGAAGAGGAAGCCGCGCUUGGUCAGGUCGAUCAAAAUCUGCCUGACGAUCUCUCCGAGGAAAUCAAGCUCUAAAUCGGUGAGCCAGGUGCAGGCCGAGGCCACAGAGGCUAUGGCAGAACCAGCGUACACCAUACCGGUGUUCCGGCAGAGGGCUGCUGAGGAGACUGAGGAGUACCAGCGAGUGGCGACGAAUGUUUCGAAGGGGUUGACUGUGAUUCAGGAGGAGCUCCAGAGGAUCAGGAUAGCUACCAAGGCCCAAGUGGACAGUAUUGCUAUCCAGAGAGAGGUUAAGGGCAUGAUGAAGAAGAGGGAGGAUUUGUUGGAUGAAAUCCCCAAGAUGCCGGACUUCCUGGUUGCCCUGCGGCCCCACACCGUGUGGGAGAAGACGCCGGUCAAACUGUUCUGCACCGUGCAGGGAAACCCAAGACCCAUCGUCAAAUGGUAUAAAGGAGGAGUGCCAGUCGACCCCCUGAGCGCCCCAGGAAAGUACAAGAUUGAAAACAAGUAUGGAGUCCACAGUUUGGUCAUUAGCAGGUGUGUUGUGCGUGAUACUGCCGAGUACAGCGCCGUGGCCACCAACCAGCACGGCACGGCUACCAGCAAGGCUACCGUUACUGUGAAGAGACCAGCAGGAUCCGGGGAGCUGUGCCACCUUGGCUUGGUGCCUCAUCUGACUGAGAUCCAUCCCAGUAAGCUGGAGAUCACCCUGCUCGAUCGCUUCCCGGUGAGCUUUGGCGUGGAGGGCGGCUCCAUCAGUCUGGUGUGCAGCAUGGUGGUCGUCCCCGACCUCCCCAACGUGCCCCCCCUCGCCCAGUGGUACAGAGACGAUAAACUGCUGAAACCCAGCAAGCUGGUGGAGAUGACGGUGGGUGGAGGAGCGGCCCGUCUGACGCUGCCCCACCUGGCCAAGGACGACGAGGGCCUCUACACCCUCCGCAUCUUCACGAAGGACGGCACCGCCGAGCACAGCGCCUACCUGUUUGUUUCAGAUGCUGCCCCCUCGGCGCCCGGGGCUCCCGGUGCCCCAAUGAGUGUGAAGGCGUAUGACAUCAACUCUGACUACGUCCUGGUUGCCUGGAAACCCCCCAACACCGUCAAUGAGGCGGCGAUCACCGGAUACUUUGUGGAUCGGUGUGAAGCUGGCAGCGACACCUGGGUCCAAUGCAACGACGCCCCCGUGAAGGUUUGUAAAUACCCGGUUCAUGGCCUGAGCGUGGGCCACUCCUACCACUUCCGGGUCCGAGCCGUGAACAGCGCCGGCAUCAGCAGGCCGUCCCGCAAGUCCGACAAAGUGACCGCUCUGGACGCCGCCGAGAGCGAGAGGCUGCAAGUGAUUAAAAUCGAAGGGAAAUACGACAUAGUGAUCAAGGAUGAUGAACUGGAAGGCUACGUUACAAUCCCAGGGGAGCCCACCGACGUGCACGCAUCAGAGAUUUUCAAAUCGUAUGUCGUGCUGAGCUGGAAGCCUCCCAGCCCCCGCGGACGAGCUCCGCUGUGGUACAUCAUCGAGAAGUGCUUAGCGGGCACUGGAGCAUGGCAGCGGAUCAACACGGCAGUUAAACUGCACUCCCCUCGUUACCCGGUUUUUGAUUUGCAAGACGGGCAAAAGUACCAGUUCCGAGUGUAUUCGGUCAACAUGUACGGUUCCAGCGAGGCCUCCGUGCCCUCUGAGCCCAUCCAAAAGGUCGAUGAGGACGGUGCUGAGCUGCCAGUUGGUGUGCCCUCUGCUCCCGGUCAGGUCGUUGCCACCAGGAACACCAAGUCGUCUGUGUUUGUGCAGUGGGAGCCUCCCAAACAUCUGAAAGACCUCAUGGGCUACUACAUCGACGGCCGCGUGGUCGGAGCCAAGGAGUGGUUCCCCUGUAACCACAAACCCUUCAGACACACCAGGUUUGUGGUCCACGGCCUGAUCCCAGGGGAGACCUACGUGUUUCGUGUCCAAGCCGUCAACAUCUUUGGUCUCAGCGAGGAGUCUCAGGAGUCGUCCCCCAUCGCUGUGGAGCCAGCCCUCGGUAAAGGGGUGGAAUAUGCAACCCCCAGCGCUCCCCACGGCAUCACCCUGCUGAGCUGCGACGGCUCCUCCAUGACUGUGGCCUGGAGGAGCCCCAAACACUGCGGCGGCUCCAAGAUCAACGCUUACUACAUCGACAAGCGAGACGCCGACACCUUGGUGUGGAAGGAGGUCAACCUGGAGGCCGUCACAGAGAGGAUCUGCACUGUUGCCAAUCUGACGGAGGGAACCUUCUACGAGUUCAAGGUCCAGGCCGCCAACCUGGCCGGUGUCGGUGUGCCCUCAGCUCCCAGCGCCCCGAUGAAAUGUGAAGCCUGGACCAUGGAGGAGCCAGGACCCGCCUACGACCUGGGCUUCAGCGAGGUCAGAGCUCACUCCCUGGUCAUCCUGUGGAAGGCUCCUGUCUACACCGGAGCGAGCGCGGUCACCGGGUAUCUGGUGGACAUGGCCAAGAAGGGCUCUUCAGACUUUGUUACUCUGAACCAGGAAGCCGUGAGCCACCGUUACCUGCAGGUGACUGGUCUGGAGGAGGGCGAAAGCUACGUGUUCAGAGUUCGUGCUGUCAACGCAAACGGCGUGGGAAAACCUUCGCAGCUGUCUGAGCCAGUUUGUGCCAGAGCUCUUCCAGGCACCAAAGAGAUUGUGGCUGGCGUGGACGAGGAGACCGGAGACAUCUUCCUGUCACUCGAGGCCUGUGAGAUCUGCGAGACGUCCAAGUUCGUGUGGUCUAAGAACUACAAACCGAUCGGCGACUGCCCCAGGGUGUCCGUCACAGCCAAGGGCAGAACCUCCAGACUGACUUUCACCAACCCCGAUAAAGACGAUCUGGGCAGGUACUCGGUGGUGGUCACUGACACAGACGGCGUCUCUUCCAGCCACACUCUGACCGAGGACGCCCUGAACACCAUGCUGGAGCUCAGCUACGCCAUCAGGCAUCCAGUUGUUCCUCUGAAACACGGUCUGAACUACGAGAUUUUGGAGAAGGGCCACGUGCGCUUCUGGCUGCAGGCCGUCAAACUGUCCCCGUCGGUGUCCUACAGGUUUAUCGUCAACGACAAGGAGGUCACCAGCGGGGAGGGACAGAAGAUCAGCCACGAUGUGAACACAGGAAUCAUCCAGAUGACGGUGGAUCACUUCACCAGAGCCAACGAGGGCACUUACACCGUCCAGAUCCAUGACGGCAAGGCCAAAACCCAGAGCUCCCUGGUCCUGGUGGGAGACGUGUUCAAAGUUGCUCUGAAGGAGGCCGAGUUUCAGAGGAAGGAGCACAUCAGGAAGCAAGGUCCACAUUUCUCUGAGUAUCUGUACUUCACCGUCACUGAGGACUGCACUGUUAUGCUCGCCUGCAAGGUGGCCAACGUGAAGAAGGAGACGACUUUCCAUUGGUACAAAGAGGACGACGAGAUCGUUCCAGAAACUCCUCCCAAUGUCAUGUCGGGGGCCUGCGCCCUCCCCAUCCCUCUGUUCUCCAGAAAGGAUCAGGGCAUCUACAAGGCUGUGCUCAGCGACGACAGAGGGAAGGACACGUCUGUGUUCGACAUUUCAGGCCAAGUGUUUGACGACAUCAUCAACGCCAUCGCCAAGAUUGCUGGUGCGUCUGCCUCUGACCUGGUGCUGCAGUGUACUCCAGAGGGCAUCAGGCUUCAGUGCUACAUGAACUACUACACAGAGGAGAUGAAGACCGUCUGGAAACACAAGGAGAGUAAGAUUGCCUCCUCUGAGAAGAUGAGGAUCGGCGGCACAGCCGAGAUGGCCUGGAUGCAGAUCUGCGACCCGUCUGACAAGGAGAAGGGCCACUACUCCAUCGAGAUCUCCGACGGUGUGAAGACCCACACCAGGACCUUUGACCUCUCCGGACAAGCAUACACGGAGGCCUAUGAGGAGUACCUGAGACUUAAGGCAGCUGCAUUUGCUGAGAAAAACCGCGGCAGAGUGGUCGGCGGUCUGCCCGACGUGGUCACCAUUAUGGAAGAGAAGUCCCUGAGCCUGACCUGCACCGUGUGGGGCGAUCCCACCCCUGAGGUCACCUGGUUCAAGAACGAGCAAGAAGUCGCCUCCACCGAGCACACCAAGGUCACGUUCGAUGGCGGCAAGUUCGCCAGCCUCGUCAUCAACAAAGUCACUCCAGACGACUCCGGCAAGUACAGCAUCAACGUCCGGAACAAGUACGGCGGCGAGUUCGUCGAGAUCACCGUCAGCGUCUACAAGCACGGCGAGCAGAUACCGGAGCCCAAACUGGGACAUCCCAAAACACCUGCUGCCACGCCAGCCGCUACACCUGCAGCCACGCCUGUGCCGCCCAAGUCCCCGGCACCCCCCUCCAAGACCCCGACCCCCGUCCCUUCUAAGUCCCACACCCCGGCGCCGUCCAUGAAGAGCCCAACUCCGGCUUCCACCCCGGUCCCCAAAUCUCCAACUCCAGUCCCCAAAUCUCCGACCCCGACCCCAAAGUCUCCGACCCCGACUCCGUCUCGCGGCGUGAAGUCACCCACCCCGCCCAGAUUCAUGAAGUCUCCAACCCCGCCGAGGAAGUAAACGGCGGCGGUGACAUCUGAAGGAGGGGAGGGUGUUUACUGUUAGCAAAGCUGAUUUAUAAAGCUGAUUUGUAGCAUGAGUGUGAAACUAUGAGCUGUUAAAGUUUAAGUAGAUGUAGUCACUGUCCAAAGCUCUGUGAUUUUUCUUCUCUGUACGUCUGAGAAGCAGCUGCAGGAGGUUUACAGGAAAACGUACAGAAGAGGGACUUCAGCAGGUCAGUUACUUCAUGUCGUUCAGCUGAUCACUGAGCUUCUGACGCAGGUGGGGAAAGAAAAUGAGGAAAAAUUAAAAAAAACAAAGUAGAUGUUUCUGUUUUGAAAGCUGCACCUUCCACUGCACCACCUCAGUGGAAUGCCUGUAUUGUUUUUGAUGUUGUUGUUGAUGUUAGAAGAUAAUUACUGUUUAUUACAACUUGGUCCAUAUUUGCUCAGUUCCACUUCAGGCUGACGUUGCUAAAAAGGGAGCUCAAGACUCAUGAACAGUCAGACACCAUUUGACAGGAUGUCAACAAACCUCAAGGUCGACGAAAAGGUGUAAAACCAUUCGCCAGAGUGUCCAAAGUUGUAAUAAAACAGAAUCUUCUUUUAAGCAGGACGACCUGGGACUUAACUGGGCGCAAAGCUGACACUAGACACCACAUUAUUAUUUUUUGGUUUAGCUCUGAGUUGGUUUAAGUUUGUCCCAGUCAGCUGUCACCAUAAUGAAGCCGCUGAGUGAUCCUGUGAACACGGAGAUAUUCACUUCCUGUCCUGAGAGAAGUCUGUCUUUGUCUUUAAACGCUUUGUGAUGGCAAUAAACUUAUCAGCCUCC